ACAAAAAAUUAGCAAAUGUCAAGUGAUUGAUUUGUUUACACCAAUCAAUGGGUGCUGUUGUGCGGCAUCAAGAAAAGUGGUUUAGUGACUGAAUCGGUUAAUUGAAAUUCUAAGCAAUUAUUUGAAACAGGGGAGAAUAUCCAACAUAAACAUCGAAAUGCAUGAAAAAUUUGUCAAUAAAAAAUAUAGUUCGGAUCUUUUAACUAGUUUGAAUAGUCUCCGCAUCGAAAACCAGUUAUGCGAUGUUAUCCUCAAGAUUUCAAACACAUCGAUCCCAGCACAUAAAAAUAUACUAGCAGCAAGUAGUCCAUAUUUUCAUGCUAUGUUCUGCGGGACGUUCUCAGAAAGCAGCAAGAAAGAUGUUGUACUGUAUGAUUUGGAUCCGCUAGUCAUGGAGGAUUUAGUGUAUUACAUGUACACUGGCGAAAUAGAAAUUGACACUGAUAACGUACAGAAUGUCCUUUCUGUUGCUACCUUUUUACAGAUGACAUUUGUUCAAAAAAAUUGCUGCGACUACUUGAAGGACGCACUUGAGCCAAGUAAUUGUAUCGGUAUUAAACGGUUUGCAGGUAAAAACGAUUGCUUUGAGCUACAGAAAUACGCUGAAAAAUUCGCUGCUGGAUGUUUUCAUGAAGUUGUAGAAUGUGAAGAAUUUUUACAGCUCAAUUUUGAUGAGCUUCUCGAUUUACUAUCAAAUCAAACUAUACACCAUCACACAGAUGACAUAAUAUUCUCGGGGAUAAUGCGCUGGGUGAACCAUGAUCCGCCCAAUCGAUCCAAAGACAUCAAUAAACUUCUUGAAUUUGUUCAUCCCCUUCUCGUUGGGAAAGAUUUGGUCAAACAACAGGACCUGUUAAUGAAAACCCAGUCUUGCUCCGAAUGGGUAUCAAAAUCGUUGCAUUCUACGGAAAUCGAAUGUAAUAUUUUCUUUUUGGAUAAAAUUGGCGAAACAGGCGAUCUGUAUCGAUAUGGAUUAAAAACGAAAACAACUGUGCCUUUGGCAGAGUUUCCCGAAAAGGCAUUUGCUAUUAGCAUGGUUGGUUACAAAAAUUCGCUUUUCAUACAGGGUGGCGCCAUUGAUCGGAAGAGUACAAGAAAUCAUUAUUCCUACAACAUUUAUCGAAAUAACUGGAUGAAGUUAAGUCCACUGAUAGUAUCUCGGUCGCACCAUAGGUCCUGUCUUCUGAAUGAUUUGAUUUAUACAAUUGGUGGAACGAAUGCAAUCGGAUCAUUGGCUGAUGUGGAAGUUUACGAUUUAUAUACAGGCCGCUCCUUCGAUAUUGAACUUAUGUGUGAAGAGAGGACAUCAUUAGGUGCUGCUGUACUUGAUAAUCAGCUAUACGUAAUGGGAGGCGAAAAUGACAGCCAAUGUUUGUCCACUGCUGUGCGAUUUGAUCCGCGUGUAGGGUAUUGGGAAACAAUCGCUAGUAUGAAUCAAGUGAACAGUUAUUGCAGUAGCGCUGUUAUUUCUGGAAGUGUAUACUGUUCGGAGGGAAUUGGAAAUUGUAUGGAGCGAUAUGACAAUAGGGUGAACUGCUGGGAAAUGAUAGAGUUCAAAUCAGACAGAGAAUUCUAUGAAUUGUUCUCCAUCGAUAAUGUGUUGUACAGCAUUUCGGGAACCGGCAUUUAUAAAUAUUGCUUUGUUGACAACGAAUGGACAUCCGUCCUGGAAUUUGAACAACUUCGAAGUUGGGACACAGCGUUUCCAUUAGAUAUGAAAAUUCUGUAACGAUGUAAGUUACACUCAAUGGGAAACUACGUAGAGUAAAAACCGAAGUAAAUUUCAUAUUUUCUGAUAUUUGAUACGAAAGUAAUAUGAACUCAGAGUAUGCAAUACACCAAACCUAUGAAUCUUAAUCAAUUCAGUAUUGUGAUAACCACGCAUUAACUUGUAAGUUAGAAAAUUUAAGUAUUAGCGUAACAACGAAUGAUAUGUUAAAAAUACAUCCUGGAAUUUAAAUUUCCAUUGCAGUACAAA